CCUACGCCAUUGGAUCGCACAGAAGAAACGAGAUUUACGGUACAGGAUAUGUGAAACGAUUGUGACGUCAUUUGUUUGCGACAGUCCGCGGAACGUAGCAGUGGACACAGAAGCUCCACGUGAAUAGCUGUGAAAAUGGCGGCGGUUCAAGAUCUUGAGAUUCAAUUUGCACAAAAGUUAGCAUCAAACGAAAAGUCUAUCCGAACAAAAGCAUUAAAAAGGUUGAAGAAAUAUAUCCACGUCAGAUCACAGAAAACGACCGAUGGCUUUACGAGUGAUGAACUGCUCAAGCUAUGGAAAGGUCUCUUCUACUGCUUGUGGAUGCAGGACAAACCACUUUUACAGGAGGAUCUCUCUGACUCUAUUUCUACACUGAUUCACAGCUUUCAUGAUAUUAAUGGACAACUAUUAUAUCUGGAGAGCUGCCUGAAGACCUUCAAAAGAGAGUGGAAUGGUAUUGACAGACUGCGAAUGGACAAGUUUUACCAGCUAAUCCGCUUCAUGUUCAGGAAAAGCUUUGAGAUGCUGAAGAAAAAAAACUGGGAGAGCAGUGUGGUUGCAAGAUUCCUGGAGCUCUUUGCAACAGAGCUUCUGAACAGUGGCAACGUUGCACCCGCUGGUCUGCAGUUCCAUAUCUUUGACCUUUACUUGACUGAACUAGCAGCUGUGGGUUCUUCAGAGCUUACAGCUGACCAGAACCUGAUAUUUAUCGAGCCAUUCUGCAAAACAGCCGCCAAAACCAAAGAUCGGAUACUUUUCCGAGCCAUCUGUAGCAGCAUCUUCAGCACGAUUAUUGACCAGGCGCCUGAUGCCAUUAUAGAUUUGAUGAAGGAGCUGAAUGUAGCAGAGUGCCCUGAUUUAGGCCAGUCCUCUGAAGGGGAUGAAAAGAACCUUGUUAUGCAGAUUGAUGGUAGUAAAUCAAACUUGGAACAAGAUGAUCACAAGGUUCGGUCAGGAGACUUGAACUCAGAGUCUCCAUUUGAUACCAUAACACCAGUUCUACAGUUUAACUAUGCAGCGCUUGCUGACAAGCUGUUCGACAUGGCUAGUAGAACUACUACACCCAGCUCAAAUAGACGGCGACUCUACAAAAUCAUCAAAGUGCUGCGGGAUAUCAGUGAAGGAAUAUUUCCUCAAGAUGGAUUUUCUGAGCAAGUCUCUACAGAUCAGGAUGAUGAAAUGUUUGGCAUCAGAAAGAGAAUGAACGAUGAACCUCUUACAGAGCAAGCAACUAUGAAUCGAAAGAAAAAAAUGAAAUUCAAACAAGAGAGAGACUCUGGUCAAGACGUGAAGCCAACAGAUGUGAUUGUCAAAGACAUCAAAAAGCCUAAGAAAACAAAAAAAAGGGAAUGUCAUGGUGGAUCGUUAAUUGAUUUGAAUGUGGGGACAUUUAAUGUGGAGGACACUGACAUUCCAAAUCAAAGGAGCAUUCUGCAGAAUGGUUCUGCGGAUAACCCAGAACCAUAUGUUUCUAGGUCAGAGAGAGCCUGCAAACUCAGUUCUUCCAUACCCAGCAAUGACAAAUCAGAAAAAAAAACCAAGAGGCCAAGAUCAAAGCUUGAACAAGAAAAAAGGAUUGGUAAUGCCGGCACUCCCCAGGAGGUUGACACAACUCCAGUGGUGACAGUUGACAAUGAGGGAACUUCAAAAGCCACUAACUUUGAAGCCCAAGUACACAAGAUGGAAAGUCCUGAACCUGAAUUUCAGUUAUUAAACAACACAAAGACGAAGGCUAAAAAAGUGAAAGACUUUGUGACAGGGUCACAGCAAAAAUUGUUUGAUUCUCCGUCAGUCUCUUUUCGUACCAAUGAAAGGGAAUCUGGAUCAGACCUUCACACGGGAACUCCACUGAAGAAAAAGAAUAAGCAAAUCUCAGUUCAGGUCAAAAACGUGAGCAGCACUGAAGAGGAGCCUCUGGUGUUCUCUUCUCCAGAGAAGCCAAAGAAGAAGAAAAGAAAAAUACCUGUAGAAUUUGAUUUUGAAGCUGUUGAACAUGAGUCUGCCACACCAACCAAUAACAGUACACCCAGAGCAGCGAGCGUCAAGAAGGUAAAAGAAAUUUAUGGUUCAUCUACACCAAAAGCCAAGCCAAAGUUGAUGAAGCUAUUGUCAUGUGACUUCACAUUUCAGACAAAUGCCAAAGUUCCAACACCACUCUACUUCAGGGCUGAAGGAAGGUUCAAAUGAUUUUUUUUUUUCGGGUCUGUGGAGCAGCAGGCCCAGACAGACAAGGGACCUAUUGUAAUCAUAAGAAUUAUUCUUUUCCUUCAUUAUUAUUCUUGCAAAGAAUGAAUAGUGUUUUUUCAGCGCCGGUAAGUAAUUGAUUGUGCAAACUCUUGUACACACAUCAGGCCUAGCAAAUAGUGUAUACACAACCACUAAAAUGGAACAAUUUAACAUUCAGAAUGCACUUCCAAUAAAGAAGUGGCCAAACCA